AUUUCCCUCAAUUGGAAUUAAUCUUGAUUUAGCUGCAGAUGGGAGACAAGAAAGAGAAGCACUUUGUGUUAAUUCACGGAGCUUGCCAUGGAGCAUGGUGCUGGUACAAGGUCAUAGCCUCACUCAAAGAAGCCGGCCACCAUCGUGUCACCGCCCUUGACAUGGCCGCCGGCGGUAUCGACCCCUCUCCGGUGGAGGCCGUGUCUACCUUGCAUGACUACUUUCGACCGCUGCUAGAUUUCAUGGCGUCUUUGCCCUCCGGCGAGAAGGUGGUUCUAGUGGGCCAUAGCAUGGGUGGGAUGGGCAUUUCAUUAGCUAUGGAGAAAUUCCCUCACAAAAUAUCAGUUGCCAUUUUCCUUGCUGCUGUUAUGCCUGGCCCAAAUUUGGAUUACCCCUCCAUCUUUUAUGAGGUAUUUAUGGCGAUCCUUUUAAUUGAACAGUUCAAUAAAGCAAUGGGGAAGGAAGGAUGGAUGGACAGUUCAUACAAGUUCAACAAUGGAAAAGAGAAUCCACCCACUUCAAUGCUUUUUGGCCCCUUUUUUAUGUCAUCUCAAUUGUACAAUCUAUCACCACUUGAGGACUUGAGUCUUGCACAUUUGUUGGUGAGACAUUUUCCUAUGGUGGGUAAUGAUGAAUCAUCUGAUACGGUCAUCCUCACUGAGGAAAAGUAUGGAUCAGUUAAUCGUGUGUACGUGAUAGGUGAGCAUGAGCUUGUCUACAAACAAGAAUUUGUGAAGUGGAUGAUCGAAAAGAAUCCUGUGCGUCAGAUUAUGACAAUCUCAGCUGCUGACCACAUGAUCAUGUUCUCUAAUCCCUUGGAUUUAUGCAAAUGCUUGCAGGAGAUUGCAGCCCACCACAAUAUUUAGAGCAUCACCUUCAAAAUAUAAU